AGUUUUUAUCGUUUUUAUUCGUUUUUAUAAAUAAAAAGUAAACAUAACAGAUUUUUUAUCCGUUAACUAACUUUUCACCUAAAAAUUUCCAAUAAAUCUGCCAUUGUUAUAAUAAAUCCGGAUAAUUUAAUCGUAAGAAAAUUGAAAAAGUAAAAGGCGUAGAAGAGAAACUAACCUAUAACAUUCUUUAGGUCGAUUAGGUCCUUUUAUUAUCACGCGGGAAACGAACAACACAUGAAAUUAUAAACAAUUAUACAUGUUUUAUUAACUUAUUGGACCGAUUUUCAUGAAAAAGUGCCAAUGAAAAUAAUGUCAUGUCGAAAAAGGAGAAAGCGUGGGCAGCUGAUGACUGCGAAAGUUGGGGCGGAUAUAUGGCAGCUAAGAAAGCCAAACUCGAGGAACAAUUUCACGAGGAAGUUCAGGCUGAAUUUCAAGAUAUUUCAUCAUUAUUUCAAGGUGUAGCAAUAUUUGUAAAUGGUUACACAGACCCCGUAGCAGACGAAUUAAGACGUUUGAUGAUGAUGCACGGAGGAGUAUAUCAUCAUUAUUUACGGCCUCGUCAAACAACUCACAUGAUUGCCUCAAAUCUUCCAUACUCGAAAAUAGUCAUGUAUAUGAAAAGCAAAAACCCCUUACCACUCUGCAAACCAUCCUGGAUCACAGACAGCAUCAAAGCCGGCAAACUUUUAGAUUUUCGGAAGUAUUUACUCUAUUCCCAAUGCACGAAAACGCAGCCGCAUUUAUUAAAUAUUUUUAAAUCGACCACUAAAUCUAGUGAGAACAGUUCCACCCUUGAUGACUCAAAGUCUUUGAAAGUUUCUUCCCUUUUGCAAAAUGAUCCUCAAUCUCCAAGAGUUUUGAACAAAAAUUCUACAGUUUCUAAAUCUCCGCUGUCCUCUACUUCGAAAAAUACUCCUCUGAAUAUUUCAGGAAAUAGAUUUCCGUCAGAAAAAAGUUUUUUAAAGAAAGAAUCUAUUCAUAAAUCUUCUGGAACUUCAACGCUGAAAAAUGGUCAUAAAAAUCCAGUGAGCAUCAUUUCUUCGAGAGUAGAGUCUCCAAAUUUGAAGAUUUCGAUUCGUAAACCUAAAGAAAGUCCCGAAUUUAAUAAAUCUAAUGAUGACUAUAUUAAUAAAUCUAAUGAUGACUAUAUUAAUAAAUCUUCUGGAAUUUCAACGCCGAAAAAUGGUCACAAAAAUCCAGUGAGCAUCAUUUCUUCGAGAGUAGAGUCUCCAAAUUUGAAGAUUUCGAUAAGUAAACCUAAAGAAAGUCCCGAAUUGAAUAAAUCUAAUGAAGAUUCUCUUCAUAAAUCUUCUAGAACUUCAACACCGAAAACUAGUCAUAAAAAUUCAGUGAGACUAAAUUCUUCAAGAGUAGAGUCUCCAAAUUUGAAGAUUUCGAUAACUAAACCUAAAGAAAGUCCCGAAUUGAAUAAAUCAAACGAGAAAAAUGCUCCUGAAGUUCCCAAACCUCCAGUAGAUAACGCAAGUUCUGCAGGGACCUCCGAUAAAAAUAAAAGCAAAUCGAGUUACUCCAACUGCUCUAAAAACUCUGACUUUAUAUCAGAGUUUUACAACAAUUCUCGAUUACAUCACAUUGCCACGAUGGGAGCGACAUUUAAAGAUUAUAUAAAUGAACUUCGCGAGAAAAAUAGCGGGAAUUUUUCAGGAUUAGAUCGAUUAAUUUUGGACAGUAAACACAACCGGCCCGGACCUUCGACUAGACAUGAUUCGGAUUCCGAGGAGGAUAUAUUUGCGUUCGAUUCGAGCCCGAGUGAAAUUCUUCCAGAAAAUGUUAUAAUGCACAUAGAUAUGGAUUGUUUUUUCGUCUCGGUUGGUAUUCGAAAUCGUCCAGAAUUAAAAGGUUUACCAGUGGCUGUAACACACGCGAAGGGCAAUAAACAAUCGAGCAACUCUGAUGGAAAUCAAGAAGGUUCUUAUUCAGAAAUCGCUUCUUGCUCUUAUGAAGCCCGAAAACUGGGUUUAAAGAAUGGAAUGUUUCUUGGGCAAGCUUUGAAGCUCUGUCCGAAUUUAAAAACUAUAAAGUAUGAUUUUGAGGGGUACAAGGAAGUCUCUUAUGCUCUUUAUGAUACAGUCGCUUCUUAUACACUCGACAUCGAGGCUGUGAGUUGUGACGAAAUGUAUGCAGAUAUCUCGAAAAUUCUUCAAAAAACAGGUCUCACCCCUUUAGAAUUCGCGGAUGCUUUGAGAAAAGAGAUUAAGACGAAAACGGGAUGUCCUGUUUCUACGGGAUUUGGAAGCAACAAAUUGCAGGCAAGACUCGCUACCAAGAAGGCAAAACCUGAUGGGAAAUAUUAUUUGAAGGCUGAGGCUGUUUUAAAUUAUAUUGGGACUCUGAGCGUCAAGGAUUUGCCAGGUGUUGGAUACUCAACAACCAGUAAAUUAAAUCUAAUGAACGUUCGCACUUGCUCUGAGUUGCAAACAGUUGGAUUGCCUGUUUUACAAAAAGAAUUUGGAAAGAAAACUGGGGAAUUAUUGUACAAUAUGUGUCGAGGAAUAGACAAUUCAAAAUUAAGUUUGGAACAUGUGAGAAAAUCUAUUUCUGCUGAAGUAAAUUAUGGAAUCCGUUUUGAGAAUCAUGCAGAAGCUGAAGAGUUUUUAAGAAAAUUAUCCGCGGAAGUUUGCACUCGAUUGAAGAAAGCAAAGGCAAAAGGAAGAUGUAUCACUCUAAAGCUGAUGGUUCGAGCCAAGGAAGCUCCUAAAGAAGCGGUCAAGUUCAUGGGCCACGGUCACUGUGAUUAUUUUACGCGAUCGAAGAACUGCAUUGCUGCGGUUGAUGAACUGUCCAUAAUCACCAAAGAAAUUCUUACUCUUUGGAAUCAAGCUCAGCAACUCCCAGAUGAGAUUCGAGGAAUCGGAAUUCAAAUUUCAAGGCUUGAAAUUCUAAAACAUAAAUCAAACACCGGCGGUUUGAUGAACUUUAUCAAUAAAGCGAAGCAGGCGAAUUUCGAAGGAAAUGCCGAGACAUCAAAUAAACCAAAUGAGAACAUAGAUUCGAAGAACCAAAAUUCUCCGAGCAUUUUAAACUCGGGAGCGAAUGAACAGCUUAAUUCUAAAAUUACGGACUUUAAAACAUUACCAAAGAAAACAAACUCUUCCUUUUUCUCGAAUGAUAAAUUAAUUUUACCAUCGCACGAUAUCGAUGAUUCAGUUUUAAAUGAGUUGCCAGAGGACAUAAGAAAUGAAAUCCUCGCUAGUACGAAUAUCAAAUCCAAGAGUGAGAAUCAGAAAAAAGGAAGCAGUGAUUCCUCGAAAUCGAUUCAAACUAAACAGGAAUCUUACUUCAAGGAGAAAAAACCCAACGUUCCAAAAGGAAAAGCAAUACUACCUCCUAUGCAAGAAAUCGACAUGGCAGUUCUCGUUGAAUUGCCUGAAGACAUAAGAAAUGAAAUAUUAAAUGAGUACAAAACAAAAUCGGAAGAAUUUGGUUCUCCAUCAAAAAAGGUUGAACAUGCAUCCGAUAAAGAAGCAGCCAUAGAACUUGAUCAAGCUAGAGAAGCUGAGCCUGAUCAGUCAAAUUCUCGUCUAAGCCAUUUGAGGGACGAAAAAGAUUUUUCUUAUUCUCAAGUAGACCCGGAAUUUUUAGCAGCUUUGCCAGAAGACAUGAGGGACGAUGUGCAAAUGUACUGUAUGAUGAAGAAACGCGAGAAAAAUAAUGCGGAGAAGAAAAAACCUACGGAGGCAAAACCUAAAGGAAUAUCGGACGGAUGGUCCAUGUUUAAGCAAUCGACGAGUUCGAAAAUUGUCAAGCCAAAAUCGACUAGAGGUCGAAAGCCAAAAAGUAUUCUUGGGAGAAAUUCGGGAGUUGCGACUCGAGUAAAGGAGGUUGAUCGAGGUCAAAAUAAGGCGGAGGUCACGAAACAAGUGAGCAAGGAAGUGGAGAAGGAAGCGGAAAUAAAGGCGAAUGAGGAAAAGGAAACGGCUGAAAUUAUCUCACAUUUGAGACUUUUUCCUGCCAAGGUUUUAAAAAGUGGAGGACAAGAAAAAGCACUGAGCAGUAUUGUGAAAUGCAUGUUUGAUCUCUCUCUUGAUCAGGUAAAAGUGCAGAUACAAAAUUGGGUUUGCAAUUCGGAGACUGUAAACGAAAUAGACAUUUUAUCGCUAGCCACAUAUCUGAGCAUGCUUCCGAGGAGAAGACAGAUCGAGGAUCUACACGUUAUUUUCAAGUGCAUGCACAGAUGUAUAACAAAGUCUGAAAGUUGCGUUUGGCAUGAGACAUACAGAAAAAUAGUGGAGCAUGUUCAACAUUUUAUGCAGAUCGAGUACAACAGCGAUCUAAUGGUACCAUCGAUCGGAUGCAAUCUUCACAAGUGCAGGGGUGCCGAUGUACGAUAACUUGGUAUUUUUAUUUUAUCUUUUUUUUUCUUUCUUUCUCUCAGAUAGAAUAAAUUAAUAUUUGUUUGGUUUUUUUACAAUUUAUCUAAUAAAAAGGAACAUAUUUACAAGCAAA